GCGGGGCGCGGGCUCGUUGUCCGCCCGCAGCGCUCCCGUCCCGCAGUCGCGCCCGCACCUCUCGCCAUGAAGGUCGCCGCUGUCGCUUCUUCGCCGCUCCCCGCGGGCGCCGGCGGCCCGCUGAAGGCGGUGCGGCCCGGAGAGGCCGCUCGCUGCGGGCCGGUCCCAGGGGUGUCCCCGGUGGCGGCGGAGCAGGCGGCCGCCGCGCUGCUGUACGAUAUGAAGGGCUGUUACUCGCGGCUACGGGCGCUGGUGCCGACGCUGCCGCGGCACCGGCGGGUCUCCAAGGUGGAGCUGCUGCAGCACGUUAUCGACUACAUCUGGGACCUGCAGCUGGAGCUGCAGUGCGGCCCCCCUCGCCCCGCCGCUGCUGGGGACUCCCCCGAGGCUCCGUGCAUUCCCGCUGCCGAUCGGAUCCUUUGCCGCUGAGACCGUUCUGGACCCUGCACGGACAUCGUUCCCGGGAUCCCGGUCCCACCCACCACGGAUAUCGUCCCUGGGACCCCGUCCCUGAGCACCGCGGCUCACCUGCAUCCCUGGCUCCCCGGCGGGGCUGCCCUGGGGGUCCCCCGCAGCCUGGGCAGGGGGUGCUGUGGGCCGGAUCCUUCCUUCUCAGAUUGCUGAGAGCAUUCCCCGUAUUGUAUAUUACAAUGAUGCUGGAGAAUAUUGUUCUACAAUAGCUGGAGUUUUGUUAUUAAACAAGCCCUGAUGACCA